GAUAAACCGGAGGCUGGACGUGACUCUCUCCUCUCCUCUCCUCCGCAGUGCACUUGCAGCUGAGCAGCUCUCCGGACAGGACCGUCUCCUCCUCCCCUCCUCUCCUUUAUAUCACUCCUGCCUUUGGCGCUGGCCAGAGUAGCAGCGGCGCUGCUGGAAGGCUGCGGAGACUCUUCCAUCCGACUCCACGGUGCGGAGGUUUUCCCGGACACACGCGUGACGGCGCGGACUCUUAAUCCCGCUGAAUCCCAAUCCGACAACAAUCCGUGCCUCUGGAAUUAAGAUGAGCGCUUCUGCCGCACGGCUCUACUCCACAUAGCGCCGCGUUUCCCUGCUCCAGAUCUGUUUCAUGUGACUCCUGCGUACGAAGAAGGAUGACUGCUACCUUUCCGCUGGUGAUUCUGUGCGCCUUGGCGACGUUAGCGCUGGCGUCCAAGACGGAGCGGGCGCUGAACGUUGAGUGUGACUCUGGCCAGUUCACCACCGGCGGGGAAUGCUGCAUGGAGUGUCCACCUGGAGAGGGAGUGGUGAAGGAAUGUGGCGCCGCUCAGACUGUCUGCGCUCAGUGUUUGGACAGUGAGACCUACUCAGAGAACUACAGCCACACGGAGAAGUGCAAACCGUGCACUCAGUGUACCGGCCUGAUGCGGAUGGAGACUCCCUGCACCGACUCCAAUGACGCCAAAUGCGUCUGCAAGUACAACUUCUACUUCAACAGCGUCUCUGGACGAUGCGAGCCAUGCACUGUGUGCCCGCUGGGACAGGGCGUUUACUCGCACUGCGACGCUUACCACGAUACCAUAUGUGAGGAGUGUGUGGACGAGACGUUUUCUGACCGGGAGAGCUACCUGGAACCCUGUUUACCCUGCACCAUCUGCGAGGAAGACAUCGAGACUCAGCUGGCUGAGUGCACGCCCACCAGUGACUCCGUCUGCCACAACCCAAACAUGCCCACAGACUUUCCAAUCAUAAACAGCGAAGCAUCGAUUUUUCCCGAUUACCCCGACCAGGAAGGCUCGAUCAGCCCGUUCCCGAGCGGAGAGACGACCACGUCCAACGGCGGCGCUCCUCACUUCCUCGGCCGGGGCUUCAACGAAAACCUCAUCCCGAUUUACUGCUCAAUCCUGGCUGCUGGUGUGGUCGGCCUGGUGGCAUACUUCGUGUUUAAGAGGUGGAAUAGCUGCAAGCAAAACAAGCAACCAGCUAAUAACCGUGCGGCUACAAACAACCAGAUGGUAACACCGGAGGGAGAGAAGCUGCACAGCGACAGCGGCAUCUCAGUCGACACUCAGAGUCUGCAGGAGCAGCAGCAGCACGCACAGGCUGAAGCCCAGCCUCAGCCGUCACGCUCACACACACUGGAGCAAAUAGUGGUGAGGGUAGAUGGAAGCCCCCAGCCCGACUCGCCUCCGACUGAAGUCUAAGGAAGAAGAGGAGGAGGAGGAAGACGAAUUGGCAGGGCUCGGGAACCGAAGGAAGGGGGUGCCACGCAGAGAAUGUAAAAACAAGACAUUGAUUCAUAAUUCAAGUGGCCACAGAAAAACGUACAGAAACCCUCCAAUGUGCUUGGGGCAGCCGACGGAGACUCUUCGUCCCUGCAUGUGGAGUCAAACUCUGUCUUAUAGAGUGCCUGGACACCGAAUCUAUGGCAAUAGCAAACAAGAACAAGUAUAACAACAUGCAACAUAGUUUUUAGGAGCUGCCAGAUUAACCUGUACUUCCCUUUUAACGUCUCCGUUUUUAAUCCCAUGUUUAUGCUUUUUUUUAUUUUUUCUUUAUUUGGAGGGCAUUUUUUCUCCUCCUGUCCUCUCUGUUCUCUGUUGGCAUCAGAGAUACAAAAACAGCAGGGGUGCCAUUAGCAAUUCCCAGCUUUUUCUGGAAUUUCUUCCUUCCCUUUCAUUUAAUGACCAAUGUUAAUGUCAUUGUUUGAGAACAGCUACAAGGAUUCAUCCUAGUGACUCAUGUUUUGAUGAGACUGCUCAGUAAUUAACUCUUUUUUUUGUUUUUUUGAAUAAUUAGAUGGCUCUAUGGCUGUGUAACAGACAUAAACUCCCUCUCUAGCAGUGCCUCCAGGGAUUGUAUUUUAGCAGCUUCAUGUUCAUAAUGUUUGUCUCAUGUUUGUGUUUGCGCGGUUGUGUCAUUUUGAGGCUUUAGUUUCACGACCGAAUCAGCAGGCUGGAUUCGCUGGAGGUGCAACGUGAGAGGAACAUCUCUGGACUCAGCGCCGCUGCUGACUCACCGAGAUGAGUCGUCUGAUGGGAAACGGGGGGUGGAAGGGAUCCAUUUACAGAGCCAAAAAACAAACAAGCAAACAAAAAAGAAUCACGACUGCUAAUUAAACUACUUAAAUGAGUUUGGGACUGGGAAAAAAAUCAAAUCUGCAGGAGGAAUCCCAUCCAAUCAUUCUUCGGUGAAAUUGGGACAGCCCUCAGAGGAAGCCGGCGCUUCCACCUCCACAAGCUCACGCCUACCGUAAAACACACACCCUUACUUACACAAGGCUUACCUGGGAGGCGGGUAGUAAUUACCUCAGGGUUUUAGCUUUAUUUACCCUCUGCUUGCAACACAGUUCCUGCUGAAGCCUCAAUGUGACAUCAUAUUUUCAUUUUCCAAGGCAGAACCACCCGACAUUUACUGCAUUUCCCAGUUGAAAUCAAGCACUUAAGCACAGGCUUACUGUACAUCUCAGGCCUGGUGGUAUCUUUUUUUAUGGAAUGCCCCUUUAAUGUGUCCCCUUCCUGCUGCUUGAACGACUGUAGAAGUGAACUUAAAUACCAUGUAGAGGACACAUACUGUAGCCGAGCUUGACUGCAUUCAUUGCUUACAGUGGCACAUAGAUUCUCAGGAAUUAACUUGUUGUAGUAUGACUGAGAUUAAAUGAGUAUUUACACAAUUUAAAACAAUGAAAUAACAACAAGAAAUAAAUACUUUGAUUUGGUUGUUUACAUCCUGUUGAUGCAGUGCAAAUUGUUGGCCCAUAUUUGGGGAGUGAACCAGAUUCUUGCCGGUUCAACCUGUACCAAUAGUUUAAAAUAAUGUGUUAUGAGCACUUCGUUAAUGGGAGAUGGAUUAUUGUUUACAAAGGGGUGGAAGCUAACGCUGCGUUCGCGCCAAAUGCGUUUUGAGCAUCAGGCGCGUCUGGUUUACGUUCAAAGCCUAUUUGGACGCACAUUGAGAGAGCGUAGCGGCGUGUUUCGUGUGUCUAGCACCGCGCGAUUUAAAGCGUUUUGACCGUUUGACGGGCGUCCAACAUAAUGCUGGUCUGAACUUUUGCCGCUCAACUUGGAGCGUCAACUAAUCAGAGAAACUUGGCUAUGUAACAUAAUGGCCUGUAGUUGAUGUCCUGCCCGGAGAUCCAGGCACUGAUGCGGGUUAGCUGGUCGUCAGCGCCCAGCUAGCUUGUGAAACUCACAACUCCUCUAAAUUAUCUGGUAAAUUCAAAUACACGGACACAUUCUGUUGAUUUCAAUAAAUAAAACCUAGACAGUGUUUCAUCUGCCAUUGUUCAAAGUAACCAAGAGAGAAAAAAAAAUUCAAGAAGCUCCAACGCGCGUCAUGCGGUUAUCCGCCGUCAUUGUUUUUGGUUCAAUAUAAACUAAACACAAGAUGUUCAUCAUCUGAGCCUCCGUUAUGACUGCAGAAGCUUCACUACAUAAUAGUUUGGUGUCACUCUCUCAAUUUCAUCUGCCAUUGUACAAACAGACCGGCAACGGAAAACAAUAUCUCGUUCCAACUCAGGUCUAGCACCAUUUUGACGCGUGUCCAUAUAGACUUUGCGUUCGAUGACGAGCUAAAAUCACAGUGCCAUCUAGUGGCUUGGCAUGACAACUACAGCUGACUCAAAGUGUGUAGGUGGAAAAUUUCCCCAAUCAACAUCCGAAAAUACUGGCGGUUUCCAGGCAACGGUCUUCUGUAAACGUAGCCUUAUUGGCCAUUUACCAUAAAAUCUUGGUGGUUCGCCAAUCAGUUAGCCAUAAUGCUUACAGACUGCAAAACGGAAUGUGGCAAUUAAGCUAAAUCAAAAGAGCCAGCUGAUGAAAAAGUAGAACAAAAAUUUUAGUUUUAAAGAAGAAAAAUGUAUUUACCAUUUUGGGAAUUGCUUCACUCCAACUAGCCUUUGCUUGAAUUACCUCAAAGGUUAUUCCCGGUUUCUUGAAUAUACACAACCUCUUCACAGACGACAAACUGUCCAUCUAAUCUUAGUCAAAGUUUUGUGAAAAACUAUUUGCCCCUUUAAGAUUUCUUCAGUUUUGCUAACAGUUAAAUUUCCUUCCCAACCCUGUAGACCAAAGUAAUCCCUCAAAUAAAAUCUGCCAGACAAAAGAAAUAAAAAGGUCUUUUCUCUUUUUGACAAUCUGGAACACUUAAUCUGGAAUUACCCAACUGUGAGAAAAGUGUAAUAACAGAAAACAUCAAACUUCAUUUUCACUGACGUUUGAGAGCGUAAAGCUCACAAAAACAUUGCAUUGCCCUGCCUAAACCCUGUAGCUUUAAUGCAUAUUUAUUUAACAAAGAGACAAAAAUAGUAAAAAUCAUUCUGUACUGACAUUAUUCCUAAUUUUUCUUUUUUUAAAACGAAAAAUGUAUAUCUUGCUAAGUUGAACAAGGUAUUUUUAGGUAGAAAAUAUGUUUUAUAGCAUUCGAAUAUAAGUUGCAGAGACAUGAAUGAAUAGUCUGAUCAGAUGAUAGUUGUUGGAUUGGCAUAGAUUUGUCUAGAAAUAACCAGAUUACAAAUGUUAGAAAAAAAAUAAAUAAAUCAGUGUGAAACUCUAACUUAUGACACAUUUUGCUUAGAGAGUCACUUUCCAACAAUAUCCAAGAGGUAUUAGUUUUGUCAUUUUAUUCUCAGCAAGAGUAUAAAUGCAGACAAAGCCUUUAAGGAAACGAAAGAUGUUUUUUAGCUCGUUAGCGGCGCUUUUAGAGUUUAGUGAUAGAUAGGAAAUGUCUCACUGAGGGAAGAAAACAGUGAAAAUGACUCAUUACGUCCUGUGUGGCUCUGCAUGGAUCAAUCACUCAGUCACAAACACCCCAAACAAUUAAACUUUCUGGUCGCCUCACUUUUGAUUCAUGAAUCAGUGCAGUGUAAUAAAUGAAAGCAAACAAAAGUCUGCUGUAGUUUGCAGCUCUGUAGCAGAUCUUGGUGUGAAGGGGUGACCACACACACACACACACACCCCCACACACAGGAGUGUAUGAUUCACACCUCUAUUGAGAGCCAGAGUGAUUCAUCCUGAUCCUGCAUGAGGGACUGACAUUAAAGCAGACUUCUCUACACUUCGUAUGAGUGACCAGGAAGUUGAUUUAAAGGGGGAAAAAAAACAAAUUUUCUUCAUCUCCAUCCCCCCGCUGAGGUUCCAACAGCCCUCCAGCAGUGCACUCAUCCUGCCUAAAGCUGACGUAUUCCCCUUUCUCCAACAGAUUGAGAUGCUUUGUGCGAAUGUACAGCCUGGGUAGAAACAGAAAAAUAUGCAAGACAUGUUCAAAGGAAUAGUUUUCAUUAGGGAUGCACGAUAUUAUCAGCAUGGUAUCGGCCGAUAUUAGCUGCAAAAUUUAAUAUUGGACAUCGGCCGUCAAAAUAACUCACCGAUAUAAAAGGUGUUGUUUUUAUAUGACAAAACAGUGACAAUGAAGCCUGCAGCACAGCAUAGCGUCAAAUUUGCACUAUUUGAGUGUUGUCAUUGUCUAACAGAGAGCAAAUGAAUAAAUUUGACAGAAAAUAUACUGCAAGUUGAAAGUGUUACAUCAUUCUCAUCCUCCUUUUUGACAUUUGCAUUUGGUAGCAGGCUAAAUUGACAAAGAUAAUGCAGUAUUUUAAUUCCACAGUAGAGAAAGCCAUAUAGUUUCAGUAAGUAAAGUAAGUAGGUAUAAGAAAAAAAUAUCGGUAUUGGUAAUCGGCCAAAUGAGUUUUAGCAUAUCGAACAAAAAUCCAGUAUCGUGCAUCCCUAGUUUUCAUGUUAGCCCCAUUUCUGUAGGUCUGAAUUGUUUUUCUCCUUACAUUUCCUGUUUAUUAGGAGUACCACCAUCUUGAAAUGAGCAUUUUUUUUCUAAGUGAGCACUUAUUAGAUAUAAUAUGAUUGCACUCAAAGAGUGUACCACAGUUCAAGUGCCUGUGUACAGUGUCUAACGUUUUUUGAGUUCAGAUGUUUUAAUUGUUACUUUAACCAUGUUUUUAUUUUGCAUCUUUUUUCCAUUUGUGUUUUUUAAUGUGCUUUCUUUUAUAUAUUUUAGAACUAAUGAAGGAUUUUCAUGAACUGAAGUCACAAACAUGGAGCCUUGGAGACUCACAAAAACUGUAAAAACUUGGCACCAUUACAAACAGGUUGCCAAUGAACACAUACUGUAUGUUAAUAUGAUGUAUUAGGGUCAUGUAGCAUUUUGAAAGCUUAAACAUGUUACCAGGUACUUUCACAAGGCUGUUUGUCAACAGAAAUGGGCGCUACUGUACAGAUUUAAUGCAUGUACAGUAGUUUUAUCAAGUACCUCCAUUAUAGAGGCAUCAAGAUAUGUAAUCUGCAGCAUAGUGAUGUCUGUGGAGAGACUCACUGUGAAUCUCUGAGAUUUUAUUACUUGAUACAAACACAUCAGGACUUGGCCCCCCAACCCCAAAAAGCUGAAUGUCCUAUGUAGUUGCCUACUAAUGUAAAAUGCAUUCUGUAAAUGUGAAUUUCUUAGAGUUGAUACGAGAUAGAAAAACAUGCUUUAAAACGGAAAAAAAACAUGAAAUGUGUGCAACAGUAAUAAAACCACAAUAAAAAGAUUUAAUUGCA